CUGUCCUCGACCACCACCUACCUUAGCAGCUUCCUCUUCUCUCGCUCUCUCACCCAUUGCAUCGAUCUUUCGAUCAACACUGUCAGCUUCUUUCCUUAAAAACGGUAAACACAACUCUCCUUAUACAUUCAAAAUUCAAUCCUUAGAGCAAAGCAAGAAAAAGAGUCAGAAAAAAAAAAAUGGCUAAGUUGUUGGAGUCAUGGGAAGGGCUGGAGGGAAAAGUGGUGAUGGUGACUGGAGCUUCAUCAGGCAUUGGUCGAGACUUCUGUAUCAACUUGGCUAAAGCUGGCUGCAAGAUUCUUGCUGCGGCUCGACGUGUCGAUCGACUCCAAUCACUCUGUCAUGAACUCAAUCAGCUAUCGGGUUCGGCUUCGGGUUUGGCUUCGACAAGGUACCCAAGAGCCGUGGCUGUGGAGCUCGACCUCACCGCUGAUGGACCCACCAUCGAAAAGUCUGUUCAGAAGGCUUGGGACGUGUUUGGUCAUAUCCAUGCCUUGAUUAACAAUGCCGGAUUUCGAGGUACUGUGCAAUCUCCAUUAGAUUUGUCCGAGGAGGAAUGGAAUCAGGCUAUCAGAACAAACUUAACAGGAACCUGGUUGGUGUCAAAAUAUGUCGGCAGGCAUAUGCGUGAUGCGAAGCAGGGAGGAUCAAUCAUAAACAUAUCUUCAAUUGCUGGUCUUGACCGUGGGCAAUUGCCUGGAGGGCAUGCCUAUGCUGCCUCAAAGACAGGCGUAAACGUCUUGACAAAGGGCAUGGCUGUGGAAUUGGGUGUAUACAAAAUUAGAGUGAAUUCUAUAUCACCUGGCCUUUUUAAGUCUGAAAUUACUGAGGGUCUUAUGCAAAAAGAGUGGCUGCAUAAUGUGACAAUGAAAUCUAUCCCUUUAAGAGACACUGGCACCGCAGAUCCAGCAUUGACAUCACUUAUUCGAUACUUAAUACAUGACUCUUCUGAAUAUGUUUCGGGCAACCUGUUCAUUGUUGAUGCUGGUGCCACCUUACCAGGUGUCCCUAUUUAUUCUUCCCUUUGAAAGCUAUGUAACGUAAUGAGAUAGUCAUAGAACUGUCUUAAAAGCUAGCUUAAAUUAUUUAAUGUUUGUGGGUUCCGCGCUAUUUUUUUGUCUCAAUUUUAUUUCAAAUAAUCUAAUUUUCAAUUUUUUGAAAAUAAGCUAAUUUUUAGCUUUUUGUCUCAUAAAUUGUAAAUAAACUACUGGAAAUAAGCAAUUUCCAAAUGAAUGCUUAUUAGUACAAGCAAUAAUA